AAUUUUCGGGUCCGCUUUUAAGAUUCCAAACAAGUCCCAACUACACUCUCUUCUCCCUCAAAAAAUAUCUCCUUGUUCCAAUCGCCUCGAUAUUUAUUAGAGUAUAUAAACCUCCACUCUCACAUUUUUUCACUCUUUUACUUCUCUCUCGAGAUAUUUAUCGCCGCCUGUAACUAAUUGCACUGUAAAACCAAUCUAGAUCGAACGAUGGCGCCACCGGCGAAUGGAGGUGGCGGAGCAGUGGCGGCGGAGGCGGCGGCGCAACCGCAGCAACAGCGUGGAAUUGGACAGAUGUUGACCGGAGUAAUAAGGAUAGCGGUUUUCUGGUACUUUGCGUCCAAGUUUUUUUCGCCGAAGAAACCGAUUUCAUCCGAUCCGUCUGUUCCUAAUUUCCAGAUCUCAAAUCUGUUUCAUAAAGGCGAACCUCUGGACAUGUGGCUCUAUCUUUCCGAACAAGAAAAAUUCAGUGAUUUUGGCAAUGAAGGUGCACUUAUUUGGCAUGAGGCAAAUAUACCAUAUGCAGUUUGGAGACCAGAGAGUACCAGGACUCUUUCUUUGAAGUAUCAGCCAUCUGAGGCAGUGAAGAACAACGGGAGUCUUUAUGCUCAUGUUUUCUUUGCACGCUCUGGGUAUUCUCCUGAUCCAAAUGAUCCUGAGUAUCAGCCAUUGGCUGCUUUUGGACGGACAUAUUCUAUUGUGACAUAUUUACCCAAAUCUAAAGCAAACAAGAAGAAGAGCCUUUUAAGAAAUUCUGAGGACUCGAAGGAGGAUGUCACCAUUCCUGAGUUUCCUCAGGCAGUUCAAGAAGCUCAAGAUGAUCUUAAGGAGGAUGGUCCUCCUGAAUGGAUUUCAUAUUGGAAACCUAAUGUUACAAUCAACUUGGUCGAUGAUUUCACAGGAUACACGGGAAAUGCCAUUCCACCUAUUGUUGCUCCUUACAUGAACAUCGAAUCUACAACAGGAAACUACUAUCCGACUGUUUUCUUCAAUGAGUUUUGGUUACUUAGGGAUAAAUUAAUAGCUCUCAAUGAUACAGUAACAGAGGUGCCUCUGCAUCUAGAGGUGAGUCCCAUAAGCAUGACAAAAUGGCAGCUAUUCCUGCAGAUGGACCAGUCCUUCCAGAUUCAUCGUAGUUAUGGUAGCAUGCUCGAGGGGGAGUCUGAUGAACUAAAGAGAGUGUUUUUGGAAGGAAAUCCGUACCUUUUGGGGGUGACCAUGAUUGUCUCAGUAAUGCAUUCACUAUUUGACUUCCUGGCAUUCAAGAAUGAUAUUCAGUUUUGGAAUAAAAACAAGUCCAUGGAAGGGCUGUCUGCAAAAUCAGUGGUCGUGAACUUUGUUUGCCAGCUUAUUGUAUUCCUGUACUUGCUCGAUAAUGAUACUUCAUGGAUGAUACUUGCAAGUUCCGGUGUUGGUUGUUGUAUUGAGUUCUGGAAAAUAGGGAAGGCCAUGCACGUUGAGAUUGACAGAUCUGGUAGAAUACCUAUGUUGAGGUUCCGAGAUAGGGAAUCAUAUGCUGGAAAUAAGACGAAAGAAUAUGAUGAUCUUGCCAUGAAGUACUUGUCCUAUGUGUUGUUCUUCCUUGCCGUGUGCUUUGCCAUAUACUCUCUAAUGUAUGACCGCCACAAGAGUUGGUAUUCGUGGAUCCUCUCAUCCCUGACAAGCUGCGUUUAUAUGUUCGGUUUUAUUAUGAUGUGUCCACAGUUGUUCAUCAAUUAUAAGCUGAAGUCCGUUGCUCAUAUGCCUUGGAGGCAGAUGACCUACAAAUUUCUAAAUACCAUCAUUGAUGAUUUGUUUGCAUUUGUGAUAAAAAUGCCAAUGCUACAUCGGCUGUCCGUGUUCCGUGAUGAUCUUAUAUUUUUAAUAUACAUAUAUCAGAGAUGGGUUUAUCCAGUGGAUAAGAAACGGGUGAAUGAGUUUGGUUUUGCUGCGGAAGAUGUGGAUCAAGCUGCUAGUAGUUCAGAUACUCCAGCAUUGAAAGAAGAGGAGAAGAAAACUAACUAAGCUGAAUUUUCACUUACGCUUUAGGACAACAUCAAUGAACUGUAAAGCUCAGAAAGACUUCGUUUUCUGUUUAAAUUUUGUUUACGUUGUAAUCAGAGGUCAGCUCAGGUAUUCGCCGAAGGCUUCUAGCUUUUGCAAGAACUCAGCACCUGCCACCAUGAAGGAUUGCUUCUGGAUGUUUAGUAAUUUCUCAAGACCUUUGUUUAGCCAUGUUCUCAGAGUUGAGUAGCUUCAUCGAGAAUCUGAAAUCACAGGCAGACACUUGAGGGGGAGCUCUGGUACUUUCAGGACAGUAAUCUCGUCGCCGUCUUCCUUAAGUUCCCAUUCUUAAGUUCUUUUUGAAGCCAGAACACCAGAAUUAUUGUCCUAGGUUUUCUGGAUUUGUUUUUCUUAUAAUGCUGUCGGAAUCAAAUGUUUCGGGUGUGACUAUAGUAACUGCCUUUUGACUUUAGUAAAUAGCAGUUUUUGAAUAGCUUGCAUAUGUGAUAAUCAAACCAGAAAAUAUUGUACUAGUUAGUUUCAUUUCAACGGGCACUUAGAUCUGUUGAUCCUCUUA